UCUUUCCUCGCAAGCUGAUCGACUGACGUUCGACCCAGCUUGAAACACACAUUCGACAAGUGCAAUAAAACAAUUUCCUCGUGCCCAAGACUGGGGCGGACACCGAAGCAGGCAGCCGACCCAACAUGAGCUGCGUCCGCAAGUCGCUCAAGACGCCCGACGCCCUCCGGAGUCGCCAGGUCGAAGCCGAGGUGACAGAGGAAGCGCUGGUCAUGAAGGGCUUUGUCAGUCCCGACGACGUCCUCAGGUUGCCCAGAAUCACAGAAAACUACCUGUGCUCGCCUGACGCCAACGUUUACGAGAUCGACUUCACCAGAUUUAAAAUCAGAGAUCUCGAGACCGGAACUAUUUUGUUUGAAAUCGCCAAACCGCCACACACAGACUCAAAUUCUGACCAUGAGGAUGAGCCUGAUCAUGAAAAUGAAGAGGUGGACCCGAAUGCUGGCCGUUUUGUCCGAUACCAGUUCACCCCGCAAUUCCUCAAGCUCAAAACUGUUGGUGCCACGGUGGAGUUCACGAUUGGCAGCAAAGCCGUCAACAACUUCAGGAUGAUUGAGCGUCACUUCUUCAGAGACAAGCUGCUCAAGUCUUUUGACUUUGAGUUUGGAUUUUGCAUUCCGAACAGCAAAAAUACUUGCGAGCACAUUUAUGAAUUCCCGACGCUCAGUUCAGAUCUAGUCAGAGAAAUGAUAGAGCACCCCUUUGAGACACGUUCAGACAGCUUCUACUUUGUCGACGACCGGCUGAUCAUGCACAACAAGGCCGACUACUCGUACGACGGGGGAAUCUGAAUGUGCUACAUUUCGAACUGUUCUCUCAGUGAUCAUCCACUUUUGUUACUUGCACAAUUCGAGUCGAGCAGCAGAUGAUGGAUUCGCAGGGUCCAAAACAAUUCAUUCUCAAUCGAAAAGCCACAUUCCUUUGCAAAUCGUGCAAUUUUAUAUCACUGCUGUCGAAUUUAUGUCGCUUUAAAAUGCCUUUCCAUAGUAUUUACUGCUAAUUUUGCAGAUGAUUUUUGUAAUAGAGAUGCUAAUAAUUUAUUAUAAAGUUAUGUGAAUUUUUAUACUUUCUUAUAUCGCACCGGUCAUUCAAAUCAUAUUAUUUGAUUUUCAAUGAGUAUAGCACGUAUACUUUAAAUUUCGCUGUUUAAAAAUGUAUCUGGUAUCUGCAUUUGAACCUCUCUUCGAUUUGGCUGAUGAAAAUUUCAAUUUUAUGCUUGGAGAUCUCCAUCACUGUGCCUUAAUUAUUUUAAACGCUUUCCACGGACCCAUUGAUGGAGCUAAGGAUGUCGAAAGAAUGCAGGGCUUUCUCUAUAUCUUAUUCAUAACUGUGUGUAUGUGUGUUGUUCAUGAGUGUUCAGAAGGAAAUGUUUAUUAUACAGAAAGAAAAACCAAUAAAAUUUUGCGCAGCUUCAACCCAGCCAAGUGCCUCUUACUUUU